UAAUCAUAAAAUACCCCGUUGAAACGUGCGACCGUAUGACUUCUCCAAGCUUUGAGUUUCCUGUAUUCGAGGCAGAGGAAGAAGAAGACGAAGAAAUAUCAAAGGAAAUUUCACGGUUACUUCAACAAAAGGAAGAGGCCAUUCAGCCAUACAAUGAGCCUCUAGAGAUCAUUAACCUUGGUUCCGAUGGAAACAGAAAAGAGGUUAAGAUUGGAGCUUCGCUCAGUUCAGAGAUCAGAGAGAGUUUGAUACAGCUGCUCAGAGAAUUCUCAGAUGUCUUCGCUUGGUCUUAUCAAGAUAUGCCAGGGUUGGAUACCAGUAUAGUGGAGCAUCACUUGCCGUUAAAAGCAGAAUGCCCUCCGGUCAAGCAAAAAUUAAGAAGAACUCAUCCGGAGAUGGCCAUGAAAAUCAAAGAGGAAGUUCAAAAGCAGAUUAACGCAGGUUUCCUCGUCACUUCAGAAUACCCUCAGUGGUUAGCUAACAUUGUUCCCGUUCCUAAGAAAGACGGAAAGGUCCGCAUGUGCGUCGACUACAGAGAUUUGAACAAAGCUAGCCCUAAGGAUGAUUUUCCUUUACCACAUAUUGAUAUGUUGGUAGACAGUACAGCAAAAUCCAAAGUUUUCUCGUUCAUGGACGGAUUUUCAGGAUACAACCAAAUCAAAAUGGCACCUGAAGACAUGGAAAAAACAGCUUUCAUCACCCCCUGGGGCACGUUCUGCUAUCGCGUUAUGCCUUUUGGACUAAAAAACGCAGGGGCAACUUAUCAAAGGGCCAUGACUACGCUUUUCCACGACAUGAUGCAUAAGGAAGUGGAAGUCUAUGUGGACGACAUGAUUGCCAAAUCAGAAAAUGAAGAAGAUCACAUACAGAAUCUGACAAAGUUAUUUCAACGCUUACGGAAGUUUCAGCUUCGCCUGAACCCCAACAAGUGUACCUUUGGUGUCUACUCAGGAAAACUCCUUGGUUUCAUUGUCAGCAAACGAGGAAUUGAAGUAGAUCCAGACAAAGUCAAGGCAAUUCAAGAAAUGCCUUCGCCCAGAACCGAGAAACAAGUUAGAGGAUUUCUUGGACGUCUGAAUUACAUCUCGAGAUUCAUAUAUCUCAUGACUGCAACUUGCGCUCCUAUUUUCAAACUUCUACGGAAAAAUCAAAGUUGCGUCUGGACAGACGAUUGUCAGAAAGCGUUCGACAGCAUUAAGGAAUAUCUGCUCGAGCCACCCAUCUUGUCUCCUCCAGUGGAAGGAAGACCUUUGAUAAUGUACUUAACCGUCUUAGAAGACUCCAUGGGUUGUGUCCUUGGACAGCAAGACGAGACAAAAAGAAAAGAGCAUGCCAUUUACUACCUGAGCAAGAAAUUCACUGACUGUGAAUCCCGCUACUCCAUGCUCGAGAAGACGUGUUGUGCUUUGGCCUGGGCUGCCAAACGUCUCCGCCAGUACAUGAUUCGACAUACUACUUGUUUGAUCUCUCAUAUGGAUCCUAUCAAGUAUAUCUUUGAGAAGCCUGCCUUAACCGGGAGAAUUGCCCGUUGGCAGAUGUUGUUAUCAGAAUAUGACAUUGAGUAUCACGCACAGAAAGCCGUGAAAGGAAGCAUUCUAGCUGAGCACCUGGCUCACCACCCACUCAAUGGUCAUGAAUCAACCAGUUUCGACUUUCCGGACGAGGACGUCAUGUACCUCAAGAUGAAAGAUUACGACGAGCCACUACCAGACGAAGGACCUGAGAUAGGAUCCCAGUGGGGCUUAAUCUUUGACGGAGCUGUCAAUGCUUAUGGACGAGGAAUUGGGGCAAUCAUUGUUACACCUCAGGGUACCCAUAUUCCAUUUACAGCCAGAUUAACUUUCAAAUGCACAAACAAUGAGGCCGAAUAUGAAGCUUGCAUCAUGGGUCUCGAAGAAGCCAUGGAUCUAAGAAUCAAACACUUGGAUGUAUAUGGGGAUUCUGCUUUGGUCAUCAAUCAAAUCAAAGGAGAAUGGGAAACACGCCAACCAGGGCUAAUUCCUUACAAAGACUACGCGAGAAGAUUAUUACCAUUCUUCGACAGGGUAGAUUUUCAUCACAUUCCUCGUGAAGAAAACAAUUUGGCUGAUGCAUUAGCCACACUCUCUUCCAUGAUUAGGAUAAAUCAUUGGAAUGACAUUCCUCGGAUCGAUGUUAUGCGCCUGGAUAGGCCCGCUCAUGUGUUCACAGUAGAAGCAACCAUCGACGACAAAUCGUGGUACUACGACAUCAAGAACUUUCUUCAAAAGCAAGAGUACCCUCUUGGGGCAUCAAAGAAAGAUAGAAAGACUUUGAGAAAGUUAGCUUGUAGAUUCUUCCUGAAUGAAGAUGUUUUGUACAAGAGAAACUUCGACAUGGUUCUGCUCAGAUGCGUUGACAGAAAGGAAGCAGAAAUACUCAUGAGAGAAAUACAUGAAGGUUCCUUCGGUACUCACACCAAUGGACAUACCAUGACAAGGAAAAUACUGAGAGCAGGAUAUUAUUGGCUGACAAUGGAGUCAGAUUGUUACCAGUACGCAAAGAGGUGUCACAAAUGCCAGAUCUACGCCGAUAGAAUUUAUGUGCCACCAUCUCUGCUCAACAUACUCUCUUCCCCUUGGCCUUUCUCCAUGUGGGGAAUCGACAUGAUUGGGAUGAUCGAACCAAAAGCGUCCAACGGACAUCGUUUCAUCUUGGUAGCCAUAGACUAUUUCACCAAAUGGGUUGAAGCAGCUUCAUAUGCAAACGUUACAAGACAAGUUGUCGUCAGGUUUAUCAAGAAUCACAUCAUAUGUCGCUACGGCAUUCCUAGCAAGAUAAUCACUGAUAAUGGGUCAAAUUUGAAUAACAAAAUGAUGAAGGAGCUUUGUGAAGAAUUCAAGAUCGAACAUCACAACUCAUCUCCUUACAGACCAAAGAUGAAUGGAGCUGUAGAAGCAGCUAACAAAAACAUCAAGAAAAUCAUUCAGAAGAUGGUCAUUACUUACAAAGAUUGGCAUGAAAUGCUCCCGUAUGCUCUUCAUGGUUACCGUACAUCAGUACGUACUUCGACUGGAGCAACUCCUUUCUCCCUUGUAUAUGGCAUGGAGGCAGUCCUACCUAUAGAGGUUGAGAUUCCAUCAAUGAGAGUUUUGAUGGAGGCAAAAUUAACAGAAGCCGAGUGGUGUCAAAGCAGAUUCGAUGAAUUGAACUUAAUCGAAGAAAAGCGCAUGACAGCUUUAUGCCACGGACAGCUAUAUCAACAAAGAAUGAAGAAAGCUUUCGACAAAAAGGUUCGACCUCGCACAAUCAAAGAAGGCGACCUUGUACUCAAAAAGAUUCAAUCUUUUCUCACAGAUUCGAGAGGGAAAUGGACUCCCAAUUAUGACGGCCCCUACGUGGUCAAGAGAGCUUUCUCAGGAGGAGCCUUAAUACUCACGACUAUGGAUGGAGAAGAAUUCACCCGUCCUGUGAACGUCGACGCAGUCAAGAAAUACUUCGCCUAAAUAAUUAAAAGAACAGCUCGCUAAGUUGAAAACUCGCAAAGAGCGACUUAGGCAAAAAAGAGCGUCUCGGUGAAUCGAAAACCCGAAAGGGCGAUUCAGGCAAAAAUUAGAGACAUAAAAAAAUAAUAAUAAAUAAUCAAUCCCGGUAAACUUAAAACCCGAAAGGGGUAGUUUACGCAAAAGUUAGGGAUAUAUGGCAAGUAACUGUGUUCAGGACAAACUUGAUCAUUCAAAAUCCAUAGCGGAGUAUUCAUCAUCAGUAGGUCAUCUUCUACGAAGCACGAAUACAGCGCAACUCGGAGUGGAAGGGAAAGAUAACGGUCGUCACGUUUCAUCGUAGCCCUUUUCCCGAAAAUUACCAAUUUCCAACUUUGUAAAUACUCCAUGGAAUCAAGCAUUUGGCUGAUUACCAUUCCAUAUAUAAUAAUUUGAGCCUUGUGCUUUUCCUUUGCAAUCUAGUCUUAUUCAGUUUCUUGAAAUGCAUUUUAAAUUUAAACAGUCAAUUUCUUGAAACAAAUGUUUUCAUAAAAUAGAAAUGAAUUUACUUGCAAAAAAUAAGGGUGAAAUUUCUUUCUAAGGUUUGCAAACAGUAGGAAGAAUGCGAACAGUUGCUCCAAGAACGGUUGAGACUCCGGGAACCAAGAUUUCCCCAUGAGAUCGCUUUGCGAACAUCUCCCUAUGACGGAUCUUUACUUCAAUUCAUAUUUUUUACUUCGGACAGCGGACAACUGAUAGCCAGAUAUUCCAAACAGAGUUCGAACUACAAGAAGAGGACAUCUUCUGAUCAACAAGAAUUCAAGUCGUAUCCUUAGGAUUUUAGAUCCGCGACAAUUCUAUUCACAUUCACUUUACAUUUUAUAAUUGUCAUAAUAUUCAUGCAUACAUUACAUUACAACUGCAUAGUCGAAUUAGGCUUUUAAUCAUGAGAAUGCCCGAGUCACGGGGGCAUGAACUCGAGUUUCCCCUGCAAAUCCUGGAGAAACUUUUUCCUUCAAAACAACGAUCCAUGUAGAGAGGUUUCCCCAAGCAAGUCAAUAAAUGGUGGUCUCCCUCAAAGAGAUAGUUUGUUCACUUUUGGAAUCCCUCAACUGAGAAUCUCCUGCAGAACAACGCUCGACAAUCUUCUUCAGAUAAGAUAGUCUGCUUCACAUUUUGGAAUUCCCUACAGGUUUGGUAUUUCCCCAGCAGGGUCAAGAGGUGCCACUUAUUGUCGAAAAGAAAAUAAUUCAGAAUCUCCCAGCAGAUCGACAAAUGAUUCCCCAACAGAAUCAGUGAAUGGUAGUCUUCAUCCAGAAGAUAGUUCAUGAUCCCCAGCGGAGUCAACAAAUGGUAGUCUUUCCCCAAGGAAAGACAGUUUGUCUGUUAAAUACUCAAGAGAUCGACAAAUGGUAGUUUCUUCAAACAGUUUGUCUGUUUCAGGGAUGUUUAGUUCCCCACAGAGUCAAUAAAUGGUAGUUUUUCCCUUAAGAAAACAGUUUGUUGAUUCCCCAGGCACCAAUCGACGAAUGGCAGUUUUCACCCCGAAAACAGUUCGUCUGCCUUCAAAACAAAGUCAUUAGCCCCUCAAAAAGCAUGGGCCCAUAUGACAAUCUUUCAAAGAUGCCAGGUCAAAAGGGAAGAUGGAAAAGUUUCUUUAUUACCGUCAAAUGGUAUCUCAUCUCCAAGUGCUGAUGAGAAGUUUGAUGAGGAAACAAACCCUUGAAGUUUCUUUAUUACCGUCAAAUGGUAUCUCAUCUCCAAGUGCUGAUGAGAAGUUUGAUGAGGAAACAAACCCUUGAAGUUUCUUUAUUACCGUCAAAUGGUAUCUCAUCUCCAAGUGCUGAUGAGAAGUUUGAUGAGGAAACAAACCCUUGAAGUUUCUUUAUUACCGUCAAAUGGUAUCUCAUCUCCAAGUGCUGAUGAGAAGUUUGAUGAGGAAACAAACCCUCGAAGUUUCUUUAUUACCAUCAAAUGGUAUCUCAUCUCCAAGUGCUGAUGAGAAGUUUGAUGAGGAAACAACCUUUGAAGUUUCUUUAUUUACCGUCAAAUGGUAUCUUACCCCCAAGUGCUGGUAAGAAGUUUGACGAGGAAACAAACCUUUGGAAAUUUUCUCUUUAUCUGAGAUAUUGUCCAAACGCAACUAAAACCAGUUUCGAGAUUUGGACAUCCGAAACGAGGAGAGGUUGUUUACCUUUCUCUAACUAUCAACACUUAGUUAAAGAAGAUGGAUUGCGCAUCCUACAUUGCCAUCCAUUUACCAGAAUCCACAUCAAGUAUUUCUGCAGGAGUUUGUCUCCUCAUCCCCCGCCAAGUGCGACAACGGGAUCAAAUCAUGCAAAGAUUUUAUCAAUUACAACAUCUCAGGAGCGCCCAAAAUUCGGGCAUUCUUUGAUAUUUAAGUCUCUUUUACGCAGGAGAGAUCGAGAUCUCAAUCUCUCUCCCUUCAGAUAAAAGAAACUUAAAUAGGGGCAUCUGUCAUACCCUAAUUUUUGACCCCCCUGAGAUGACAUAUCUUCAGGAUUUUUUAUCAGGUCAAGACAAGUACCCAGAGCAGUCAUUUCUCCAUCUGAUACCUAAUCGAGGAUGCUCAAAGACAAGAAAGCUCAGGCAAAGGAUCAAUCAAUACAAAGACUAGUCUCUAAUACAAUCAUGGGGCUCAAAAACUUCACUUCUCUCAUCUAUGAUUGAUUAGACAUCCAGUCAUAUGAGUACAGGUUUACUCAGGUCACCAGACUGGGGUUUUGAGCCUAUCAAGGACUGAAAUCAGGGAUCACAUUUGGGAAACCCUAAAAAGCCCCAGGGAACCAUUCAAAGACAUCAAUCAUCUUCAAAUAACUCUUAUGACAAGAUCCACUGGACAUUACACCUCAAUUCAAAGUCUACAGUCAUUAUUUUCACAUGGUCGACAAAUUAGGGUUUUGACCUAAUUCACCAAGAUGGUUGACUUUUAAUCAGGGCAUGAAUCCAAAACUCAAGACAUGAUUCAAGGAUCUCUACUACCUCCAUAUAAUCCAUUUAUAUCAUCCAUUUGGGGAGAAGAUCUUAUUUUUACACAAAAGCCCAAAAAUUCACUUUGUCAGGAAAAAGUCAACUGUGAAGGAUCAUCAUUGACUUUUAAGGUUUUUGGUCAAAAAAUGACUUUCAAAGAUCAAUAUCAUCAAUAUAUGGAUGUCAAAGUCAUUUGGCCAAAGAAAUUCAAAGAAAUUCAUCAAGGAGCGAAAAGUCGGGAAUUAGGGUUUUUGAAGGCAUGGUGAGAACUCAAAAUUUCACCUACACAACUCAAAAAACUUCCAACAUGAAAGUUGUAGAUCUUGCAAAAUAAAACAACAUCUUACAAAGGAACUUUUUUCAAAAGAUCAACCAUUUAUGAAGUUUUGGAAAUUUUGAAGUUUAGGUCAUAAACACUUAGAAAUUUUUCUAAGUGUUUUAACCUAGUUUUCAUCCAACUUUGGGCUCAUUUUUCACAAAUUUCCCAAAUGAUUCUGAAGAAGACAUAAACUAAUGAAUUGAAUUAGAUGUUUAGGGCUUUCCAAAUUGUGUUCAACCUUCUCCAAAUUCAAUUUGAGCUAGGAGUUAUGCUUGUUCAAAGAUGGCCUCAUGAAGUAAAAUUAUAGGUCAUGUGCAAAUUGGACUUUGCAAAUUUUGUGCAAAUAACCUCUCUUAUGGAUGCUACACGACCCAUAACACAUCUGAAACCAUGCCAUACAUCCAUUUUCAUCAUUGCAUAAGGAUUAGAGAAGAUUCCAAAAACAAAGGCAUGUGAUUAUGUAAUGAUUGCAUUUUUGAAUUUAUGACAAAUUGGUGAUUCAUCAAAGGAAUCUUCUCCCAACCAAUUGGAGCUCAUUUCUGCAGCAAUUUGGUCCCCUAAGAUCAAGCAAAACCGAUGGCUAGGGAGUGGUAUCAAAGAGCUCAUCAUUGCACUUGGGAUAUUCUUUGAAUUUCUUCAUGGCUAAGAAACCAAACUCACUACACUAAGCAAGCUUACCAUGCUCAAUUGCUCUGAAUCAAUUGCCUAUAAAUAGAGGCCUCUUUCUCAUUCAGAAAACACACCAAAGCAACCAUAUUACUUGCUUUCUCUUUCUCUUCUCUUGUUCAUUGUUUUUCAAAGUUCUUUGGCAAGAAGAAUCGAUUUCUUCAAACCAGAGCUUAUCUUUGGGAAGUGAGCAUUCUAACAUCUCAAGGGAGGUCAUUUGAGGUGAUCCAAGCACCUGGAUCACUUCUGUAAGUGGAGGAACACCAUUGUUGCUCUCACUUUGGAGCAUUUGCAGUUGGAGGUCCAUGGAGUGAUUCAGGAGGUUUCAAGCCAAGCCAAUCAUCCAGACACACUCCUUAGGUCAUAGUGAAGCUAACCAGAUGGCUGCAGCUCAUCUGUAACUCCAAAUUCAACAACCUCCAUGUUCACUUGAAGCUGAAAUCGAGGGAGGUCCAUAGAACAAUUCAGAAGGAUUCAGGCUACAAUAAGCAUCCAGUUAGCAUCAUUGAGUCUCAGGGAAGCUAUUGAGAUCAUUCAUUCAAGCUCAGUUGCUCUCAAUCAUCCUCACGACCUUCAGUUUCAGAGGUAAGUUUCUGAACUCCCUCUCUUUAAUUUAAGUACUCUUUGUGAAAUAGCUCGAUUCUAUCUUGUUCAGCAUCAUCAGAGGAUUGAAAACCCUCUAUCAUCAUCCAUUUAUCUUUCAGUAUAGUCAUUUAAUUUAAUUUUGAAAUUUUAGGGUUCUUCACGAUUUCUGGUAAAUUAGUUAGAUGUAGUUAAUGAUAGUUCAUGUUAGUUACAUAUUUAGAAUCGUGAGUGAAUUUAGAGCAAGUUUCACGUUUACAUCAUUGCAAAUGGUUGAGAAACGAGUGAGUUCAGAAAUUCAAAAUCAUGGAGCUUGAGGUUGAAGACGAAGAUGGUGGUGGCGCGCAAAAUUUGAAUUCUCAGGGGAGAGUUUAUUUUAUUUUGAAUGGUAUGCGUGUUAUUAACGACUGAACAACUUGCCCUAGUGGCCACACAUGCGCUCUUAGUCUCCUCAUGCCACAAGUCUGGGGUUCGAAUCCCCCUCGCCCCAGACUUUUUGUUCUUUUUAUUUUUUUCAUGGUUUUAUUACUUGUUUGAAAAUAUAAUGAAUUGAAUGCAAGUUACUAACACUGAGCGCGCGCUGGCCCAGUGGUUUGGUUUUGGGUAUGUGACCUAAAGGGCGUGAGUUCAACCCCUCUAGGUGACAAAAUCAUAUUUUUUAUCACUUUUCACACUAAAUUUCUUCACAACUUCACACAAUUAUUUAACCUAUCAAAUUAAAUCAUUUUCACUUCAUUUUUCACACACUUGUUAUUUAAUAUACCUAUUUUAUGUAUAAUCAAAAAAAUCAUAAAAAUAUUAUUUAAUUCAUAUAUUUUUAUUAGGUAUAAAAUAGUAUGUUUUAAGUGUUUUAUUAAAUACUUUAAAUAUAUGUUUCCAUUUUGUUUUAACCUAAUUAUUUGUGUGAAUAAUUUUAUGUUAAAACCCUAAUUGUUUAGGUCUUAAUUAAGUAAAAAUCUUUAUUUUUACUUUAAUUAAGUUGACUUUUGUCAAUUCUCAAAACUGUUUUCAAUCUCUGAUUAAAUCAAAUGAUUAAGGUUUUCAAACAACAAAACCUCAUAUCAUUCCAAAUCAUUUUCAAAUUUCUGUCAUCACCAGUACUGUAAAGUACUGGGCCUCUAAUAGAGUGUAAGUCCCAAAAACCUUCUCUUCUUAGCUUGUUUUCAAAACUGUAUUUUCAAAAUCUUCUUUCUGUUUUCAAAACAUUCUUCUGGUAUUUGAAGGGCAUUAUUCCCGGUGAAACUCUUCAGAUACCUAUGUGACCUUUGUCCAUCUUCACUUCUUCUGUUUUCAAAAACCAUUAACUGUUUAUCAUAUAUAUAUUCAACUGUUAUCAACAAAACAACAAAAAUUACUGUUGAGGCUCUGUACAUACUUCUCCAAAGGCCUCCACUCCAUCCAGGUUAGGCUUUACAAGCUUUCAAUUUACAGUCUUUAUUUAAAUUACUGUCAAAUAUAAACUGUGCAUAUAUUAGUUUAGAACUACGUUUGAGUAUAAACCUUAGGACAGUUAAACUAUAUAUAUAUUAUAGGAAUAUGACCUAGGAUUGAGAAUGUCUUCCCGGUGAAGGCUCUUUCCUAAUUAGAGAUCUGUAGUUCAAACCCCCAAGAUGAAUUAUUCCUGGUGAAACAUCUUGGCAAAAACCUUAGAAUCCAAAAAAUAUAGGACACAUCCACCCAAAGAGGAAUUAUUCCCGGUGAAACCUCUUACCCAUUUGCUUAGAGCCAAAAUAAGUUCAAAACUACAUAAGCUUUCUCUUGUGCUAUAACAAGGACCCUCGACUAGCCUCCUCUUGGGCUUUGUACAAGGACCCACAGGCUUCUUAAAAGCAUUUCCAGCUUCCUCUUGAGCUUGUAUACAAGGACCCAUCAGGUUUCUUAUAAACAUAGGAACAGGUCUUUAGUCACCUUUUAGCCUACCCUGGUGAGUUUCUUCCAAUUUAAACCAGACUUUAAUCAAGCUAAGUUUAUCUCAAUUUUGCAUUGAGUACACUUUUUGGAAUGAGAGACAUGGACAGUCUCUGUCACCCUUAUCUUCAUCAAUCUUCCUUAGCAGAGUCUAGGAUCCAUGUUUGGUCAUCCUCAGCAUUGAGUCAGCCUUCAUCUUGGGCUUUAAACAAGAAGUCUCACUAGAUAAUCUUUCUGCCAUUCAUUUUAAUAAAAACCCCUGGAAAGGGUUAGCCUCCAACAUCUGUCUAAAAAAGUCAAAACCCCUGGAAAGGGUUAGCCUCCAACAUCUGUCUAAAAAAGUCAAAACCCCUGGAAAGGGUUAGCCUCCAACAUCUGUCUAAAAUGUCAAAAUCCCUGGAAAGGGUUAGCUUCCACACAUUCCUUCAUUUUAAUAAAAACCCCUGGAAAGGGUUAGCCUCCAAAGUCAAUUAAUAAAAAAUGUCAAAAAAAUAAAGAUUCAUUUCUCUUAGGAGAUAAUUUCCCCAAAAGAGACAAAACCCCUGGAAAGGGUUAGCCUCCAAAGUCAAUUAAUAAAAAUGUCAAAAAAUAAAGAUUCAUUUCUCUUAGGAGAUAAUUUCCCCAAAAGAGUCAAAACCCCUGGAAAGGGUCAGCCUCCAAAAAAUAUGAUAAAGUCAGUCUUUUAACAGACAAAUUCACCAGCUGAGUCAAAAUCCCUGGAAAGGGUUAGCUUCCAAAGAAAAACAGUCUUUCAAUAAAUAAAACUUCCUCAGUAGAGUCAAAACCAACAAAAACAGUUAGCCUCAACCUUGGGCUUCAUACAAGGCACCCAAACAAUAAAACUCCCCUGUCAAGAGUCAGCCUCAACCUUGGGCAUUGUACAAGGCAGAUAAUAGAGUCUCCCCAGUAAGUCCUUCAUCACUCAGUAGCCACAACCUUGGGCUUUGUACAAGGCAGAUAAACCAUAUCUUUCAUGUGUCAAAGAUUCCUAACACUUAGGAUCUUUCCCCAUAUAGUCAUCCAUACUUAAUUCAUUUAAGAGUCCGCCACAACCUUGGGCUUUGUACAAGGCAGAAAAUAAUGUUUUCCCCUAGCUAGAGUUAGCCACAACCUUGGGCUUUGUACAAGGCACAUAAAAUAGAGUCAUUUAAUUAUCCUCAACAGUUAGCCACAACCUUGGGCUUUGUACAAGGCACACAAAUAGAGUCUCCUUAAGUAGAGUCAGCCUCAAUUCUGGGCUUUGUACAGAACACAAAAAUACCCUGUAAUUAAUCCCCAGUGGAGUCAUCUCCCAGAGUCAAUAAUAUUAAUUAAUCAAUCAAAAAGCCUCAAGCUUGGGCCUCAUACAAGCCAGCUAAAGUCAAAUCUUUUAUACAGUAGAUAGACAUAGCUUAUCUCCAUAGAGAGAUAUUUUUACUACUCUACCACAUUCAAACAAACAUUUCAUUUCAAUUUUAAUCAAGUCUCCCAUUUAGGAUUUUGAAAGGCAUGAGCUGGCAGUAAAACCCAGACAUGUGGUAACUUUCCCUAAUUUGGAUGAGCAUCUUUCUUUCAUUUAAGAGGCAUUUGACUGGUAUACUUGCACAUACACAAGUAAGGUCCCCCUCUUGAAUGAAAUGAAUUCAGUUAUUCUGUCACUCCUUUAAAUGUUUGUGGUAGAAUAGUACAAAUACCUCUCUGUAGAGAUAAUUUCAUGUCUCUUUACUGUAAACAGAGAUUUAAUUCCAAGCUUCAACCUUGAGCUUCAAGCAAGGCACCAAAAAUAAUUAAUUUCCCUAGUUAGUUCCCCGAACUACAUUAAGCUCUGACUUCCACUAGGGAUAUGUAGGCAUGAGGUUCACAAGGAAUCUCAGCGAGCUAAUAAAAUACCAAAAAUAGUCAGUUUGUUUGUCUGUCUGUCUUUUUUAAUCAAUUCAAUUCCUUCUCCUAAUACAAAGGAGAAACUUUCCCAAUCAUAGCAAUAAACACAAACACAAUGACACAGAGAAGGUUCCUGUAGAGUACUACAGAUAUGUAGGGUGUUUAAACACUUCCCUAUGUAUAACCGACCUCCCGGACUCCAGAAUUUCUAGUCUAGGUGUAAAUCCCCACACUUAGCAAACUCCUAGGGUUUAGUUGAGAUCUUUUUUUCCCUUUCCUACUCGUAGGACAAAUAAGAAAGUUCGUGUGAUAUCGUAGGAAGAACUGAAACAAAAUUCAUCCCACCACGGGCGCAUUCUCCUUCCAAAUUUCGCGUGAAGGGUUUAGCGUGCCGUCCUCCCAAGUGAAACGGGGAGGUAAAAGAAAACGACACCACAGAGAUACUUUGGGAUGUUGGUGAACCUAUGGAACCACCUUGAGCCAUUGAUUCAAUGAUUUUCCAUUGAAUUAAUCAAACCCUAGUUCAGAGCUUUUGUAUAGGAGAGUGUGUUUUGGAGCUUUGUCUUCUGAUUUGGUUUUAUGUAUGAAAAAUAGCAUGGGCAAAUUUUGGGGUAUGACAGCUGCCCCUGUUCAAUUAUCUUAAACCUGAAGAUGUAGAGUGGUCUGCGCGCCAGUCGGUAUCUGAAGGUGGAAGAUGAUUGAACAUAAGAAUACCAAGAAAUUUGCCCUAUUUGAAGUAGGGACUUUUGUCGGAGAUGAGCUUGUGGAUGCCAUCUGGUAGUUGAAUUUUGAGAAGAUGUUGUUUGCGCGUUGAUCGUGUCAUUACCGUUCGUAGUAAAUGAAUUAGAUCCUUGGGAAUUGAUCGUGUCAGCAUCGUUCGUGAUACUUGAAUUAGAUCUUGGAAAGAUGAUCGUGUCUACACCAUUUGUGAUGAUAGAAUUAGAUCUGAAGAGAUAAUCGUGUCUUCAUCGUUCGUGAUGAUAGAAUUAGAUUCUCUUGUCGUGUCAGCACCGUUCGUAGUGACUGAAUUAGACUGGGAAGGCCAGUGAUCGUGUCCACACCGUUCGUGAUGAUAGAAUUAGACCUCUGAUCGCUUGAUCGUGUCAGUACCGUUCGUGGUAACCGAAUUAGAUCUUCGAGCAUUGACCGUGUCAGUACCGUUCGUAGUAGCUGAAUUAGAUCUUGAAAAUGAUCGUGUCAUUACCGUUCGUGGUAGAUGAAUUAGAUCCUUGGAGCAUUGACCGUGUCAGUACCGUUCGUGGUAGCUGAAUUAGAUCUUGAAAAUGAUCGUGUCAUUACCGUUCGUGGUAGAUGAAUUAGACCUUGGAGCAUUGACCGUGUCAGUACCGUUCGUGGUAGCUGAAUUAGAUCUUGAAAAUGAUCGUGUCAUUACCGUUCGUGGUAGAUGAAUUAGACCUUGGAAAGUUGGAGUUUUCGUUCGUUUGUCUGUACCUGUAUUCUGAAAAAGGGUAAGUUUAAUCUUUAUGCAAUGUCAUGAUGCAUGGGUUAUGUAAUGAAUCCCUCAAAAUAAAUGAGAGCUUUUGCAUGUUAUGUACAAGUUCAUUAUGAGGUAAUGUAUGCAAUGUAUGAAUAUGUUUAUGACAUAUGAUAUGUGAAUAUGAUUUAUGUAGAUAUUUAUGUCCUUGUAAUUGUACUGUCUGAUCUUGUCUUGAAGAUGCUUAGCUGGGAAUUUAUGAUUUCUGCUUGGGGAUGAUCAGUAACUUGAUAUACCCUGACUGGGGAGAAAGAUAUUAGUAAGCCAUGUUGGAAAAGAACCAAGUGUCGGAGAACAUGCAGCGUUGAAGGUGUAAACUCUGUUGGGGAGCCAUGUCUCUGUAGGGACCGGAGUAUUUGAAGAUAUCUUCUUGGUGAUUACUCUGUGGGGAUAUGAUCUUGCACAAUCAGCUUUGUAGGGGGACAUGGGUGUCUUGGAUAUUGCCCCCAGUAUUAUAGCAAUUACCAUUCCUGGAUUUGUAUUGAUCAGGACACCCCCAAUAAAUACUGAUCGAAGUGUCAAACUGGACUUGCAUAGGUUUGCCCCUGCUAGUAGGAGCUUGGAAAGAUUCGCCUCGCGAGGACUUUAUGAGAUGUGCACUCUGGGCGUCAUGCCCCUCGUAAUCAUAGGCCCAUGACAAUGCCCCAUGUUGAUUGGAAAUAGAUUCAGAUUUACUUGGAUGCAUGCCCCUGAUUAUUUUUGGCAUCCUUGAGAGAUUCUCGGAAUCUUGACUUGAUUGCCCCAGAUUGAUCGGGAAAUAGUUUGAAAUCCGUUUGGGAUGUAUGCCUUUGACUUGUUGGCAUUUGAGAGAUUCUUCGAAUCUUGACUUGAUUGCCCCUGAUUGAUUGAGCGAACGUACCAUUCCCCUUGUAUACGUAGGAGAUGUUGCUUCUCGGAGUAAUCUUGUCUAUCGGGAUGACUUCCAGUCAUUAGUUAUACCCUGUGCAAGUUCUUUCUGAUGCUAACAUUUGAAAUUAUGUAGCAGAAUAUGUUUAAUAAUGAAUUCAUGAGAUGCAAUGCAUACGUCUGUCUUGAGUUUUUGAAAAAGCAUUAAGACAAGAGAUGUAAAAGUGUGAUGUUCGUAAAAAAACAUGAUAUUUGUAACAACGUGAUGUUUGUAAAAACAGGAUAUCAACUUAACAUUUGUAGUAAACCUUAAGGAGUCGGGAUACCUUUGUGGUGACAGUAUGCUUUCGAACUAACCAUGCUUCAGUUAGGACUUUCGAGGGUUGUAACGUGGCUUGGUUCGCGGUUUAAGAAACAAAGGAUAAUGGCUCAAAGUUUAUUUGUACCCACCCCUCUUCGUGAUGAUCUUCAGUCCUAAGCUCAGUUAAUUCAACUUAUGCAUUCAGGUUCCAAGAGACUUUGGAUUUGUACCUUUGAUAAUGAUGAUGGUUCACAAGCAAAGAGAACUUUUGAGAUGGCAGUCACUUCUUCCUUUUGGUAGUCAUAACAUCGUGUUGUUCAGGAAUUUAUUGACUUCUUUUUUCAUCUUUUUGAUAUCCCUAACUUUUGCCUGAACUGUCUAUUUUGAACUUACAGUCAGCGGGAUGCCUUGAUUUUUUUUUUUGCCUAAGUCAUCUUUUGAUUUUUGAUUUAGCAGGCUUUUCUUUGUAUAUAUGUUUUUUCAUUUUUUUCUUUUUGAAAGAUAUUGACUGCCUUGUUUAAUGAUUGAUGAAACCUCUUUGGGCUCUUGAUUGACAUCUCCAACACUUCUUUGAUGUGUGCGGAUGAACGCUUGUGGUUGAAACCUUUGUUGAAAGGUGUACUGAAUGAUUCUCUCAAAAUAGAAUGCACAGUCAAAUUAACUGGGAACUACCCUGCCCCAGGUUAUGAUCAAGAGUUUUAAUUAGUACAAGAAAUAAACUUCUACUUCUUAGGCUCAAAGGGGUUAACGAGGGAUUAACAUCCUUAUAUCUCCACUGUUUAGGAAUUGAAACAAUGCCUGUACAUCGUCAGCAUAGUCUGUUCAAAAGCACACUAUAUGAGGUUGCGGUAUCGUUCUCGUCAUCCUCCCUUAAAAGGCUUAUAGCUUAGCAGGAGUUGAGUAUCACAAAACAUAUGCAGAGUAACGACAUAAUUUAAAAAGAGUGAUAGCGAAAUAAUUUAUUCAAGACAAACAUAUGCAAUGCACUGAUGAUGAUUAUUAAAACAAAUAAUGUCUAUCAUGAUUCGAAUGUUUGAACAAACAGAAUAGAAUUUGCGCAUGAAAGUAAAUCUAGUGAUUAAAAGUUCAUCCAUUUAGACAUUAAUCAGUCUUGUCGUGACUAGGCAUAGGAGCGGUGAUCACCACAGGAGUUCUCGGAUGGUUGAAUUCAAUUUCUCCAGCAUCGAUCAUGUCUUGAAUCUUGUUUUUCAAUGACCAACAGCUAUUUGUAUCAUGACCAGGACUAUCAGAGUGAUAUGCACACCUCACAUUAGGAUUAUAGCUACGAGCAGAAGUACUAGGAUUCUUAGGGGGGUCCUUUAAAGUGAUCAAUUCCGACUUCAGUAGGUGUUGUAAUGCUUGAGCCAAUGACAUAUUGAUCUUUGUGAAUUGGCACUUAGGUACAUCUGGCUUGCGUCGUUGUUGUGGAACUGGUGUAGAGAUCAAAAUUGUCCCCACAGAUUGGUUUUGUUCAUUGCGACCUUUCCGGUUGUGCUCAGCAUUAGUCAGGUGAGGUUCGGGUCAUACAUUUAGACCAUAUGUGAUAGAGGAAGUCAGAGCAAAUAGACCAUAUAUAUUGAGGGACAUCAGAACUAGUCGUACAUUUAGACCUUGUCUGUUGAAGGAUGUCAGAACGAGUUACUCAUUAAACCAUAUCUGCAGAGGAAUGUCAGAACGAGUCGUACAUUGGACCAUAUCUGAGGAGGAAUAUCAGAAUGAUCCAUACAUUAGACCAUAUCUGAAGAGGAUUAGCAGAACGAGUCGUACAUUAGACCAUAUCUGUUGAGGAAUAGCAGAACGAGUCGUACAUUAGACCAUAUCUGUUGGAAUGUCAGAACGAGUCAUACAUUGGACCAUAUCUGAGGAAGGAUAUCAGAACGAGUUUAUUCAUUAAACCAUAUCUGAAGGAGAAUACCAGAACGAGUCAUACAUUAAACCAUAUCUGCAGAGGAAUGUCAGAACGAGUUUAUUCAUUAAACCAUAUCUGAAGGAGAAUACCAGAACGAGUCAUACAUUAAACCAUAUCUGCAGAGGAAUGUCAGAACGAGUUUAUUCAUUAAACCAUAUCUGAAGGAGAAUACCAGAACGAGUCAUACAUUAAACCAUAUCUGAUGAAUAAUGCCAGAACGAGUCAUACAUUUAGACCAUAUCUGACUGGAAAUACCGGAACGGGUCGUACAUUAGACCAUAUCUGAUAGAUAAUGCUUGCUUGUUAGAGUCGAUGAGUUUUUUGACGAAGUUUUGGAAUGUAGAAGGGCUUGUCAGAAUGAAUCUCCAGCUCGAUUAUAUCUGAGAGGAAUGAUUGUCGAGGCGGAACCUGAAAACAAAGUUAGAAAUAUGCAAUGUCAUGAAUGCAAAUGAAAUGUUUUCAAGGAUCUUUAAGGAAUUUAGAUAGCAACAUUGGAAAGUGAUUUGGUCGCAUCUUUGUCUGAAGAAAUCUGAACUUUGUCUUUGAACGUCUUUCUUUGAGAAUCAAGCUCACCAUAUCGAGUGGGUCAUUGCCUCUGAUUCGAGAUACUUCUGAAUUUGAAAGUAUAUGGCUAGAGGAAAAUAAAUCCUCUUGCCCCUUGAUAGGUAAUGUGUCUCUGAAUUGGAAGGUAUGCGGCCAGAGGAAAAUAAAUCCUCUUGCCCCUUGAUUUGAAAUUCGGUCCUUGAUAAGAGUACCUAAAAUUGUGCGCCCUAAAUCUCUAAGAUCCUUGAAAGGGUUAGUUAAAUCGUGUUAUGCUUAUGAUGUCAUGAAUGUUAUGCGGAUGCAAUUCAUUAGGCAUAGUGUGAGAUAGUAAGGGCAAGCACGUCCUUUUAACAAAACCUGCAAAGAACGAAGGUUAGUAGCAAACACAAACAAACCACACAAGUCACACAAUUUUGGCUUAAGGCUUGCAUGGAGUCUGAUCAGGUGUCCUUCCCAAGGGUAUUUCUAUGGAUAAGGAUAUUUCAGCAACGGGUUCUACCAAGUGACUCAGAAUUGUCAGCCCCUCUAAAGCACCCUCGAACAUGAUACAUACAUACCAUGCAAUGAUACUUUGAGAAAGAACCUAUCUGAGUUGUAGUAUCGGGUAGCGACUAUGCUCUUAACAUACAUCAAGAGUAGUCCCCCCACUACGUUCCUAAAAGUCAGGAUGGGUUAAAGGUUACUAACGGUCCUUGAGCUCCGACUCACCCACAGGUAUCCACACGAACCUCCCUCAUACAAGAGAAGCAUGUAAACACCUAUAGAGGCCUAACUCAAGCGUGAACUCUCAUAUUGACCAAUCCCAAGCAUACACAAGGGAGGUCGCCAUGACUAUGCCACUUCCUAUCUUAGAUGUACUUGAAUCCGGGUGUAGGAUUCGUCCUUCAGUUAAUUCCCAAAACAGCCCUGAAAAUUAAAGCAAGCAAAGCAAACAAAAGAAUACAAUUAAGUGAUCCUAAGCUUUUAAGGUAACCCCUCUUUUUAUCGAGAAUCCCCAGCAGAGUCGCCAGUUCUGUAACUCGGUGAACUGACUUUUUAUAAUCGAAAAUGUCGCGGUUAAGCAAGAGUCGCCACCGACUUUUAUUUUAUCCAAACAAAUUCGGAAAGGCAAAAAGAAACAGAAAAAAACCUUUUUAAAGAAAUCUAAGUUCGGGGGGUAAUUUAUGCAAAGGGAAGGUGUAAGGCACCCUUUGCAUCCAUGGUUUUCCAUGGGCUCUUAAUUGCUUUGCUUGCUCGUUUUCAGAAAAAGUAGAUGAAAAAGAUAGGGACUUUAGCUUGUGAAUAAGCGUUGCCCUUUUGAAAAAUUAUGAGAAAGAAUAUAAUAAAAAGGUUUGAGCAUUGCAAGGCAAUUAGGGGCAAUUACCUUAAACUCAGAUGAUAGGUCUCUUUUUGCCUUUCAGAAUGAAAGGGUCUAUCCUUGCCAUAAGAGGGCAGGAAGCCUUUCGUUUGGAGGUUGAAGGGUCAUCGAAGCAUCCUUUGCCAUAAGACUGUCCCAUGCCAUAGAAGGGCAGGUAGUCUGAGGUAAGGAUCAGAAUAAGCCAUUUUCGUAGGCAGCCAGAAGAUACCUCAGCCUUUUUCCGUAGGCAACAUCCGAGGGUCGAGGUCAUUUGUGUAUCGAAGGCAGCAUCAUUAGGGUCGUGACCUUUUUAUCGAGGCAACAUGGCUGAGGUAUCCUCGAAUUCGAGGGACGUGGCUUAUUCUGCAAAAACACAAAGGCAACAGGCAACAAGGCAACAGGCAACAAGGCAACAGGCAACAAGGCAACAGAGAGGGUUACCCAAAAAGCGUGCGUGUGUGCAUCAAUCACGUGAUUCAAUUCAAAAUAUAUUAUCUUGUAAUUAAUUAUUCUAGUCAGUUUAAGGUUGCCACUCCCUAUUUUACUAACCACGCAGUAUAUAAAGCAAUAAAGGGAAGGGGGAAGAUGAAACCAGCGGAGGAGAGGGGAAUUGUAACCAGCGGAUCCCUUAAUAGGGUUUGGCAUAAGUAAUAAUAAAAUAAAAAGAAGAAAAGAUUUAGGGUUACCGAUGACGUAGCUUUGGCAUUUGACAAACCCUGAAAGAAAGAAAAAAAAUGGCAAACAAAAGAGAGUGAGUGCAUUAUCGGUUCGGGGACAAUUAGGGUUAACUUUAAUAAAAUAAAAGAUAAAUAAAUUAAUAAUGAAUAAUAAAUAAUACUUAGCUUCGAUUUGGAUUUGAUCUGAUAUGGUUAGAGUCGGAGGAAACCCCGGAGGUAACCCUGAAAAGACAAGGCAGAAAGAGAGGGUGAAUGCAAGGCAAACCCUAAUAUCAAAAUAAUUUAGAUGUAAUUUAAAUUAAAUGAAAUUAAAUUACUUAACUUUGGGUUUUCUGAAGGCGCGUGAUCGGAAUUAAUCAUAUUGCUAACCCUGAAAAGGCAUAGAAAAGAAAUAACUCAGUGUAUGGAAUGAUCAUCGUGAAUCCUAAUUAGGGUAUAAAUUUAAAUAAUAAAACACAAACGAUUUAAUUAAUUAUUGGUCUCGCGACCUAAUUAAUUAAAUCAGGAUCAGAAAAUUAAAUCGAGAGUAAAAACAAUUUUUAUGAAUUUUUAUGAAUUAAAUAGAAUAUUUUGAAUUAUGAAAGAAAUUAUUUAAUUAAAACAAACAAAUAGAAUACUAGUUAUUAUAAAUAAACAAAUCAUAUCAUGUAAAGAAAAUGUUUAAUAUAAUAUUAAUGAAAUAAUAGUAAUUAUCUUAUUAUUAUAAAAAAAGAUUUUUAUAUAUAAGGAAAAAAAGAAAUUAAAAAAACAAAUGAAAAAAACAAAGUAUAUGUAUAUUUAUGAGUAAAACGGACUGAUUAAUUAAAAUAAAAAAUUAAAAAAAAUCUUAGCUUUUAAUCACGUGUGGCGAGGCUGCAAUAGAUCAUGGUGUGCCCUAGCCUCCUGAACGUUGGAUGAAGAGAUGAUGGAAUCUGAUGGCUGAUUGGCAGGGAGCGCUUCGUACUCGCGAGCUUGCGUCACACCGGAUCCUCCUAUCCUCCAUUAUGGGACGCGCGCGCAAAUUAUUUGAAUCUGGCCAAUGUUUGUUUGCCACGCCAUCGUCUUCCUCGUGGAAGAAACUGAAACACGCUUUUUACAGCGCAUUUUACCAGAACGCUAUAAAAGCUCAAAGCUAUUACACCUGCAAAAUUGAAAGAGGCCCAAAAACACAACAAAAAUUUGGCGCGACUAUGCUAUUAAGAUCGUCCAGUGUUCCUGAGUAUGAUUAUGGCCAUGGUUUCACCUAAUUUUGACUCAAUUGGAAAACCCUAAAUUGAAACCUCAAACCCUAAUAAUGGUAGAUUCACCAUACAAUCACGUAAACACAAUUAAACCUCCAGAACCACGCAUAGCAUCAUGAGAAACAUAAAUAUGGAAUUUAAAUGCAUGUAUGAUACAUAAAAAGUCGUAAUCGAAGGAAAGGAAAAUUGAGCAAACCGUGAGCAAUCGCGAGCGAUUCUAUGUGCUUGGAGAUCUGGUUAUGAUCCAGAUAGCUUCAGAGAUCUUUAGGGAACAUGGUAGAAUCAAUGGAACACCACGAAUUGGCCUCUAAUUCAGAAUUCAACUUUGAGAUUUCUUCUACUUUUGGACUCGGUUUUUGGUUCUCUUAAGGCUGCAACACGUGAAACCCUGCAUCUGAAUUUGUUUUUCUACUUAUAGAGGUGCUAUCAGGUCAAUAAAACUGAGGGAAAUCUUGAUAAAUCUUUGAUUGCCAUUUAAGAAAAUUUGAUUGAAAAUUCUUUGGAAAAUAUGUUUCUAAUUUGAUCCAAACUCAAUCUUUCCUUCACAUAUUUAUUUUGCACGAAAAUAUAUGUAUAAUGAAGCAUCAUUGUGAUUAGAUUUGAUUCUAAUCAAAUUUUCUUUUCAAUCUUUUGAUUUUCUUUAAUUUUAUUGAAUUUUAAAUGAAUAAAAAAUUCUAUAAAAUUAAUUUAAAUCAAGUAAAUUCGUGGAUAAUGAUUUAUGGGCCCCUAAUAUCAUAAGGACCAAGUUUGGAAGAAAAAGAAUAGGCCCAUUAGCAAGAAAUCCAAAAUUCCUUCACACUUUCCCUUCUAAAAUAGCCUAACUUUGACAAGGUGUAUCUCUCUCAAUUUUUGAGGUAUGGGGGUGUUCUAGGACAUUUUGGAAACCUUAGAGAGUCCUUUAUCCAAUGCCUUUGGUCUCAUAUCAAAAUCAUUUUCCAUUUUUAUUUUAUGACCUUUUGAAAAACAUGCCUUUUUGUUGACUUUUGAAAAGGACCUAUAAUGUAUGAAACCAUAUCUCUUAAACCAUUGACCUAUGGGCUUUGAUUCUUGGACCAUUGGAUAGAGGAAUGAAUUCCCUUCAAAAUGAGCUUUGGUGGGAAUUUUUCUGACGAAGUAUGAAUAUUCGGUGAAUUUUCAAAGUUUGGUUGACUUUUUCAGUUCAUGCCCAAAAUAGUAACCUUUGACUUUUGACUUUUCUGAUCUUUCCUUGCAUCAUCAUGAUCAACCCUUGAUCAAAUGAUGAUUUUAGGAUUACGAGGAUGUUGUUGACCAAAUAUCUUGUAUAUUGACUUGAAAUGACUGUUUUGCCCUUGAGAGUCGACUGUUGACCUAAUCAGGAUUUGAGGGACUAAAUUUGCUCUGUUUGACUUGAAACUUUAUAUGGAGAUACUUUGGGAUGUUGGUGAACCUAUGGAACCACCUUGAGCCAUUGAUUCAAUGAUUUUCCAUUGAAUUAAUCAAACCCUAGUUCAGAGCUUUUGUAUAGGAGAGUGUGUUUUGGAGCUUUGUCUUCUGAUUUGGUUUUAUGUAUGAAAAAUAGCAUGGGCAAAUUUUGGGGUAUGACAAAUCCGCAUAAUAACACAAUGUUUUUGGCAGAUAUACAAUGAACAAAUCACAUAUUUGUUGGAUCCAAGUCAAAGGAACCUUCAGGUAGUAGAACCUAACCAUUACAGGUUUUAUUUAUUGUUUAUCAUGUUUCACUGCUUUAUACUGAAACUAAUUUGUUAUCCUUUAUCGAGAUUAGAGAAGAUGUCAAAUCAAGUGUGUAUGUUGAGAAUUUUACAGAGAAUCCAGUGUCUACGAUGGAGGAUGUUACUCAGCUUUUAUUGAAGUAUGGAGAAGAAGGUCAACUUAGUGCAGCAUAAAUGCAUCAUCUUAUUAAAGUUUAUGGAAUUGUUACAAUUGCAUACUGUGGUGAAGCGUGCCACUACGAAGGAACAAGCAACUGAUAUCUUGAUCGGCAGCCGCGUUCAUCCACACAAAGACGAGUUCAGGAGUACCAAUAAAAGUAUCAUUUAAUAAACCUUUGGUUUCUUCUUGCUGGGUAGAGUUCAAGUACAUGCUUUGAAUGUGACUGGAUUGGUUAUCAAUAGAGCUGGUGGUGGAUGAAAAUAUUGACAAAAGUAGAACCCAAGUAUUAUUUCAAGCAACUUCUCCCACUCAUUAAAAGUAAGUUAUUAUAGAAGUUAUGUGAUUAGUUAUGCUAACAUUUUGUCGCUUUAAUCGUUGAAUUAUGCAUGUAAAAAAAAUGAAUAGAAUGAAGAAGUUGGUAGUACAACAACUAUGAUGACAAGAAAGAAUUCAUAUGGUGAAACAACGCCAAUCCUAUGGUAAGUAAUUAAGAAAACUAUGAUAGUUAAGAAACUAGCAAAGCAUGAUCAACUGAAUGAUCACCGUGUUACAAAAGUUAUGUUUCCAAGCAUAUGCUUAUUCAUUCAGCUUUCACACUACUUUAGUCCCACAACUUCAUACGUGUUAUGAUACACCGUUAAUUUCCACAUGUCGUAACAGUAAUAAAUUAGUGCUGUGUAGAUAAAAUUAGACAGUUGGGGGUCAAGGUAUUUAGUUAACAAAUUAUCAAAGCAUGGGCUACAGAGGUGAAGAAAUUCUGUUAAUGAUCAAAUUAUCAAACCUCGGAAAUCUGCUAAUGAACUGUGAAUGCUAGCUGUUGUGGUUAUAGCCCAAGUUCAUGUAAAGUGUAAAUCCCAAUAGCAUCCUACCUUUUUCUAAUUUCUGCAUUGUUAUUGUCGUUAUUUUAUUCUUGCAGAGUAUGUGUAUGUUGAAUCAAAGAAAGUUGUGAAAUUGAUGAAAGUAUGCUCUUAUAAAAAUUUUGAACGGUAUUGUUUGA